UUGGGUCAGACCUAGGUUGAGCCAUGCCUCUGCUGACUACUGGUUUCGUGAGCUUUGGACUUCAGGUGUGAAGGGGAGGAAACGCCAAGAGGCCAACCUUUCCUUGCCUUUGGGAAAGUCUUCCCAGACAAGAAGUAGCUGUGAAGAGCAGAAAGGAUGAAGUGGCUCUUCUCUCCGACCUUGAUGUGGAUGGUAGUGGUGGUGACCUCUUGGGUCAUCAUAGCCACAGCAGCUGACCCCUCGGUAGCAGGAAGCUGCUCUGAAUGUCACGGCAAUGCCACCUGCUCGGAGCUCGGGGCUGCCACUACAUGCUCCUGCCGAGAGGGCUUCACUGGCGACGGCCUCGCAUGCGUGGACCUCGACGAGUGCGCAUUUCCUGCGCUGCACAACUGCGCUGCCCCCAGCAGCUGCGUGAACACACCAGGCUCCUACACGUGCCUCUGCCCCGAAGGCUUCCGCCUGAACCCCGAGCUUCGCUGCACCGACGUGGACGAGUGUGCGGCGCCGGAGCUCAGUCGCUGCCACGCCCUGGCCACCUGUGUCAACAGCGAGGGUAGCUACUCGUGUGUGUGCCCCGAGGGCUACCUGGGGGACGGGCGGCACUGUCAGUGCUCCCCGGGCUCCUGCGGGCCUGGGCUGGACUGCCUACCCGCGGGCGACGCACUCGUGUGCGCGGACCCGUGCCAGGUGCACCGCAUCCUGGACCAUUACUGGCGCAGCACCGAGUACGGCGCGGGCUAUGCCUGCGACUCCGACCUGGGCGGCUGGUACCGCUUCGUGGGCCAGGGCGGAGUGCGCCUGGCCGAGACCUGCGUGCCCGUCCUGCGCUGCAACACCGCCGCGCCCAUGUGGCUCAACGGCACGCACCCGUCGAGCGACGAGGGCAUCGUGAGCCGCACGGCCUGUGCGCACUGGAGGGGCCACUGCUGCCUGUGGGACUCGCCCGUCCAGGUGAAGGCCUGUGCCGGCGGAUACUACGUCUACAACCUGACGGCGCCCCCCGAGUGCCAUCUGGCUUACUGCACAGACCCCAGCUCCGUGGAGGGGACCUGUGAGGAGUGCAGUGUAGAGGAGGACUGCAAAUCGGAUAAUGGCAGAUGGCACUGCCAGUGCAAGGAGGACUUCAACAUCACCGAUCUCUCCCUCCUGGAGCGCAGGCUGGAAUGUGGGGUUAAUGACAUUAAGCUGUCCCUGGGCAAGUGCCAGCUGAAGAGCCUGGGCUUUGAGAAGGUCUUCAUGUAUCUGCGUGACAGCCAGUGCUCGGGCUUCCCUGAGAGGGGUGACCGGGACUGGAUGUCUGUGGUGACCCCAGUCAAGGAUGGCCCCUGUGGGACGGUGAUGACGAGGAAUGAAACCCAUGCCACGUACAGCAACACUCUCUACCUGGCAGAUGAAAUCAUCAUCCGUGACCUCAACAUCAACAUCAACUUUGCGUGCUCCUAUCCCCUGGACAUGAAAGUCAGCCUGAAGACCGCCCUGCAGCCCAUGGUCAGUGCCCUAAACAUCAGCAUGGGUGGGACCGGCACGUUCACCGUGUGGAUGGCGCUCUUCCAGAGCCCUGCCUACACACAGCCCUACCAGGGCUCCUCCGUGACCCUGUCCACCGAAGCCUUUCUCUACGUGGGCACCAUGCUGGUUGGGGGUGACUUGUCCCGGUUUGCACUGCUGAUGACCAACUGCUAUGCCACUCCCAGCAGCAAUGCCACGGACCCCUUGAAGUACUUCAUCAUCCAGGACAGAUGUCCACGCACUGAGGACUCAACCAUCCAAGUGGAGGAGAAUGGGGAGUCCUCUCAGGGCCGGUUUUCUGUGCAGAUGUUCCGUUUUGCUGGAAACUAUGACCUGGUCUACCUGCACUGUGAAGUGUAUCUCUGUGACACCAUGAAUGAAAAGUGCAAACCUACUUGCUCCAAGACCAGAUUCCGCAGUGGGGGCAUCAUAGACCAAACCCACGUCCUGAACUUGGGUCCCAUCUCACGAAAAGGGGGCCAGGCCACAAUCUCGAAGGCUUCUCCCAGUGACUUGGGGCUCCUGAAGGUCUGGCUGCCUCUGCUUCUGUCGGCCACGUUGACCCUGAUGUCUCAGUGAUCAGUGGCCGGAAACCCUGUGCUCUGUGGCUACCAUCUCACUUCCUACUGCCUGGCGAGGCGAUGCAGGCUAGCCUUCAAGCCACAGAGAAGGGGGCCCACACUUCAGUCACAUGCUCCUAUUUUCUCCCCUUUAAUCCUUGAUCCCAAAAAACAACCUGUGUCUUUAAAUGCUGCCUUCUCUCGAAAUGGGACUUGUGAUGUGUCUGCACAUGAGGCCCCUAGCUCCUUAAGAGUGUUGCAAAAUAAUAAUUUUUAAAAACUCAGUCU